CGGCGAACAAAAUGUCGCGAUAGGUCGUUAAGCAUCAGCACAGAACGAUGGCGUGAUGCUAAUAAUUCAUCUGAUGGAAGACGAUAUCGUUCUGAAUCGUUAAACGGUGAACGACGCCAAGAAGUACCGGUAUCAUCUAAUUAUCAUUUUCGGUAUCAUACGAAUAAUAUAAAGAGGAUUUUAUUAACUCGUAAAUAUCGUGAUACUAAUAUCUACAACGAUUUGGGAAUUCGAGUAACAGGAGGGAAAAAAUUAUGGAAUGGUGAUUUGGGUGCCUUUAUAUCAGCUAUCAAUCGAAAUCGUUCGAAAGAAUUGCUGGGCGAAAUUAAAGAGGGUGACCAAGUGCUCGAAUGGAAUGGCAUUCUUCUAACGGGUAAAACUUUCGAAGAAGUGGAACGGAUAAUUGGUGCAAGCAAAGGAGAGAUAGAAGUUGUUAUAAAAAGUACCACUAGUGAAAGGCCAACCCGCCAAAUUCUGAAAAAUUUGAAUUAUUCGCGCGAUUCUGUUGGCAAUGAUAGUCGAAGUCGUAAGAACUAUGAUGAAACAAGUGAUUAUCAAAAAGAAGCACCUCCUGUUCCAGUUCAUAGAUGCAUUGAUGGCCGCGCUUCACCAGAAUUCGACUAUUAUCCACCAACUGCUCAGUUUAUUCAGAAUUUUCCAUCGAGAGUGGUUGCAAACGAAACUAAUGCAAAUUAUCAUGAGCUCACUUCAUUGGGUUAUCUCAAUAUUGCCCUAUCGUAUGAUGCUUCAAUCUCAACAUUAUUUAUAACUGUAUUAUCUGCUAAAGGCCUUACCUAUCGUCAAUAUUACAAUACAACUUUUUACCCAAAUCCUUUCGUGAAAAUUUACUUGCUUCCGGGAAGAAAGGUAUCAAAUAAGCGUCGAACGAAAUUUGUUCCGAAUAGCAUCGAUCCGAUCUGGAAUCAAACCAUUGAAUAUAUAAUAUAUCCGAGGGAACUCUAUGGGCAUUAUUUAGAAUUUACUGUGUGGGACUAUGAUAAAAUCAAUGAAAAUAAUUCUCUUGGACAAGUGGUGAUCAGUCUUUCAGAACCAUACAUAUUGAAUGGCGUUGCUCGUUGGUAUCCAUUACAAGCAAUGCACCAAAAUUUUGUGGUAAGUGGAUUUCCUGGACUUCAAUUCCAAACAGUUAUACCAUCCAAAAACACUUUCCAAAGCGUUCAACAGUACAAUCCAGGUACUUCUAUAUAG